GAAACGUGUCGUGAAAAUCUUUGUUCUCACCAAUUUUCUGCUCCGAUCUUCUAUGAAAACGCAAAAUGCGACGCCGAAUGGUCGAAAUCCAAAAUCGUGUAUAGUGAUAAUGUUCAGUGGCAGAAUGUCACGGAAAUUAGUACCAAGAAGUUGGUCUCCAUCGAAAGUGGCCCUGGUAAUUCGAGCAAUAUUAAAACGUUAAAG